UUUUUCCGCCGUCUUGUUUUCCCAUUCAGUGUCAUCGCCACGCGUGAAUACCUGCCCGCGUCAGGUGUACUCUGUGCUUCGCAUUCUCAUCUACGUUAAUCUAUCUCCGCGCCGAGUCAGCGGUGUCAUUCGAACUCUGAGCCUGAGUCACGAUUUAGGUGUAGAUUUUAUUCUGGGAGAAAAGUCGUUCGGCGAAAUGAACAGAUUAGUUUUCGAGGGGAUUAACGCCGUUGUUCCUCCAGAUGGAGAACGUUUGUGAGAAGUCGGGGGUAGAGAGUAAAAUGGAAACGCGUGGCUCUGUGGGAAACUCGCCAGGUGUCUUCGAAAGUUGCCGAGUACGACGGAGACUAACGAGCUUCCUCGCUCUGACCAAUUUUCAAAUACCCCUAAUCCAAAGUGUUUAGGAGGCUCUCUUGAUUUUAUGGUCCGCCCUAGGCCCGGGCUAGUAGGGAUUCGGCGCGGCGGGUGCACGCGGAGGCGAGGAGGAAAGUGACGAUGGACCCGAAGCGCGGAGAGCGGCUCGCGAGAAAGACGUGGUAUCGCUUAGCGCCGAUCGUGCACGCGUACGCGACGAUGCAGUGAUCUUGGUGACCGAGAGCAGUGGUGAUCGACGGGUGGACACGAUGCAUCACUCCGGCGGUACCGGUUACGGGACCGGGCCCCAGGAGCGGGUGCACCAGGCCCCGCGAACCGCCGUCGGCCAACCUGACAAGUGUCCCUACGAGACCUACCAAGCGCAAAUACCGGACUGCUGCGCGGCCGCGGCCGCGGUCCAGGAUCCGUACCCAAGACCGCCGAGCGGAUACGACGGCAGGUGCUACGACGAGUGUCAUCGCAGGACUCCCUAUCAAGAUGACACCUAUACCCAGGAUGUACCUCCGAGCUUCCAUCGGCCCCAGUCCAGGCUGGGAUACGAGGAGCGUCCCCAAUCUCGCGUGGGAUAUACCUCGGAUUCCAGGUGCGCGAGCGGACUCGGGUACGACGACACCGGCGGCGGGUACCUGGAUCAGAGUGACCCGAGAAUGUAUUGCACGAGCGGUUACUGCAUGGGGGAUACCAUGAUGGCCGCGAGCAGAGGUGUCUGCGGCGAGGAGGUCGAGCUAGAUAUGCGGAGGCACAUCCAGGCGUGCGCCUGCACCUGCAACCACAUGGGCUACGGGAACUACAUGGACUAUCAGACGACGUGCCUAACAGAACUGCCAGACGUGGCACCGUGCAACGGCACAGUGCGACUGCCACCGCCCUGCGAGGAUUCACCGAGCAGCGGCAGCAGCAAAGACCGCAGGGAAGAGAGUCCUCGAAGGAGGUGUCGAGUACUGGCGCCCAUCUUGCUUCUAGUGGCGGCUCUACUUCUCGGGGGGCUUUGUCUACCGUUGCUACUACAAACCGCGCCUGUCACGCAUCAGCAGAGGCUGGACGUGAUCAGGAGGAUCCUCACUGAAGUGCCUCUGAUCGAUGGGCACAACGAUUUGCCCUGGAACGUCAGAAAGUUCGUACACAAUCAACUCGGCGAGGUCAAUCUGAGCAGCGAUCUGGGCAGGGUUGAUCCUUGGGCCAGAUCGGACUGGAGCCACACAGACAUUCCUAGAUUACGUGCCGGCCUCGUCGGCGCACAGUUUUGGUCCGCCUACGUUCCAUGCGGCGCGGCGCAGCUGAAUGCAGUUCAACUUUCCUUGGAGCAGAUCGACGUGAUCCGCCGGCUCGCCGAGAUGAAUGCUCAACAUUUAACUUUGGUUACCUCCGUCAAAGGUCUUAUCGAGGCGCAUCGAGAAGGCAAAAUCGCGAGUCUUAUAGGGGUCGAAGGUGGUCAUUCCCUAGGGAAUUCCUUGGGUGUUCUCAGGACAUUUUACGGCCUGGGCGCGAGAUACCUUACCCUAACGCAUGCUUGCGAUACUUCCUGGGCAGUCUGUUCUGUUGGCGAGACGAACAGUACCCAGGACACAACGCCAGGCCUCAGUGAGUUCGGAAAGGCAGUUGUCAGGGAACUAAACAGACUGGGAAUGCUAGUGGACCUCUCUCAUGUCUCGACAAGGACCAUGAGGGCUGCCUUGCAGACGACGAGGGCACCGGUGAUUUUCUCUCACAGCGCUGCCAGGGCACUCUGCAAUUCCACUAGAAACGUGCCAGACGACGUGCUUAGAAAUCUGGCUAAAAACGGCGGCGUGGCAAUGGUUCCGUUUUAUACAUACUUCAUAACGUGCAACAGUACAGCCACCAUAAAAGACGUUAUUGCGCACAUCAAUCACAUUCGGAAGGUGGCGGGGAUCGAUCACGUCGGAAUAGGAGCUGGCUUCGACGGGAUAAAUUUCACUCCCACCGGGCUGGAGGAUGUUUCGAGGUAUCCACAACUGUUAGCUACUCUGCUCGAGGAUCCGACGUGGACCGAGGAGGACAUUAAGAAAUUAGCUGGCCUGAAUCUGCUGAGGGUGUUCGCGAAAGUUGAGCAGGUGCGCGACGAAUGGCACAGAGCAGCAGUUUUGCCGGUGGAAAAGAUCAGUCCGCCCGACAAUUCUGCCUGCGUCUACGGAGCGUCUUGAUCUUCUCUGAGGACAUUCACAGCAGGAUUCCUCGAUUUUCUACGAUCGCCGAAGAUUCGACACGUCUCAUGGAACUAUAGGGCCCUGUAAACGUGCGGACUGGAUUCAGCUGAGAGAUCGUUUACCCCUGACAACAUCUUUUCGAGUUCUCCUGGGUAAAGCACGAUCACGCCUUAUGAGAAGAUGAAAAAUUGAGCGAGAACGUACGAUCCACACAUCUGCGAAAACUGAUAAGGCCGGAGGCCGUAUGUGCCGAACGAUCAUCUUCAGGACAAGUUCAAUUUCCUUCGCCACUCUUUCGUCUCCUCCGCGAAACCUCAUGAAUUUUGCGAUCGCGCUUUCUUGCGUUUGCUGAUUCUCACGGUAACACCUUUGCUACCCGCUGCCAUUCAGAACAGACACACGUAUAAUACAAGUCUACGCCAAUUAAUUUGCUGCUAUUUCAACAGCUGGAUACGUCCGUCCAUAUUUUCUAGCAACGGUAGAAUCGUUCAACACUCCUUUCGUUAUUUCCAUUCUAUUGAUUGCUCCUACGACAUAUUUCUGCCAACGAGAUUUAGUUGUGAAUCUUUCGCGAAACUCGAAAUGUACGGGAACACGAACGUUUUAUUAUAAUUAUAAAUUGACAUUUAUAUUCGCUUGUAUAUUACAUAGAAAUCUGAACUCGUUUUGAAGAUCCAUAGAUGAAUAUUCGUAAACGUAAGAAAAAGCGUUCCUGAAUGAAUAACUUAUAAUGAUGCGGACAAUCGAGGCGGCCAAGAAUGCUUGCUGAAGAGAGUUUAUUUCGGGCGAGAGAAUAUCCGUAAAAGAGAACGUUAUCCCGAUACAAUCCUGGCGGAGAACAACAUUUUUUCGAUACUUCUACCUUGGAUUAAUUAUGUAAGAUCGAAAGCGAUCGAUGCUAGGUAGCACGCGUUCAAAUGUUAAUCAGAGUUAGCGAUUUAUUAAUUACAAUACUAACACUCGAACGAGUUCUAUUUUCUCAUUUUUAACUGCAUGAGUUAUUCUCGAAAUAGUGGAACAAAUUAACGGAAGAUAAUUAUUAUAAGAUAGAUGAAUUUCUCAAUUAGGGGAUUCCUCUACGAUUAGAUUUCUAGCAGAUAAUAUCUCGUUAUUCCUACUUUUAUAUUACGUAAAAGGUAUUAAGAUUGUGUCUUGCGAUCAUUUGAAUGCUUGCUCCGAGACAGUGUCGAGUUAACAAGUGCGCUUAAGACCAAGGAAUUAAACUAAAGGAAAAGAACAAAAAAAAAGAGAAAAAAACUAGGAAACUAUUGAGAAAUGAAAUUUUUUUAUUAAUUUUGUUUUUAGAUUUUCGAAACCGAUACCAUACAUGCACAAGCCAGUAUUCGCUUGCGUUCGAUUGUUUCGAGCUGUUUAGAGUUUCUACAUUUGCAAACGACAGGAUUUUAUCGUAUACGCGCGUAGAGCUUACCGCCAAGACCAUUAAGAAUAAAGACUUUCGUCACCUAUCGACUGUUUCCAACCUUCGACUGAUUCCGACAUCCUUGAUACUGUUCUUAUAGCGUUUAUUAUAACGAGGCUUCUAUUGUAUACGCAUGCAUGACGCAAUUAUUUCACGCCGCGGCUUGUUCAUUUCUAAGCGAAACACCUUAUUAGGACUGCGUAUUUCCGGAUAUAUUUGAUAACAUUCGAAUCUCUAACUGUUAAUCAACCUGCAAUUACUUAAAAAGUGAUGAGUAGAAAAAAUUAAAUGACAUUUACUGUAGGAACUAUUUUAAAAAAGCAUCCAAACUGAAAUGUCUAAGUUAAGACUCAUUUUCAUUCAAUUGGUAAAUAAUUCGUUGCGUGUUUAAGAAUGGAUAUUUGAUUGUUAUCAAAUUUAUGACGCAAGAAAUCAGUGAAAAUCCGGAUAAAAUUGGCAGGUCUAUUUAUUGCGCUCACCAACGUUGAACACUGCCAAGCCACUUUAUACUGGAUCUUUACGACACGGGAAACUUGUAAUUGCCAAAAUCCCUUUUCGAUGUAGUAGUCGAGACGUAGCAAUAAACUUUUUAGUCGAUAAAUCAUUAAAAGUGAAAAAAAAAAAAAAAGAGAAAAAUGAGGCCGAGGAACUCGAGGACGUGAACACGUAGGGAAUACUUCUACAUAUCUAGAAAAGGGAACCGUUUUGGAACGUAACUUAAAUUAGGCGAUGAGCAAGUACUGAGAAAUUUCAUCCGGUUUGCCAAUCGCUCUCGGACGUUGUCCUAAAUGAUCCUAAUCGAAUGCGUGUGCACGUGAACAGACGCGAUGAGUCGUGUGCCAAAUGCGAACGAGAGGAGAGCGGAGAGAACGGGAAACCGCGUUGUAAAAUUGGCGAAUAAUAUCGGAUCAAUUACUAUAUUGCGAACACUGUACAUAUUACGAGAUAUCGUGCUCGCGUCGCGUCAAACACCGACACCGAUUUCUCUAGCGUUUAAACCCGGCGAGGAGGAGGAUAUAGUUCUUGCAAGCGUCUUUGUUUUUUCGUAAGGGACGUUUUUCCAUUUCGACUUUGUAAUACCACGAGGAUAAGUAUCAAUGAGUAGAUAGCGGCGAGGGACGCUCGGACGUAGAAUUUACGGUAAAACGUGAACAAACGAAAACUGCGAACGAUUCCGAGAUCUAGCGUAGACUGUCCUAGCUUGUACGAACAUUUCGACUUUUCUUACUUUUUUCCGGCGUGGGGAACGCGUGCGAGAAAUUUUUAGGUACCUGUAAUUAACGCUGUUAACGACUAUACAUAUAUAUAUUAUAUACAUAUAUUAUAUUAAAACAAAGAAAAAAAAAAGAAACCAAGGCGCCUUCGACGACUCGCGAAACACCAUUCAGCGAACUUUCGGUAGAAGAUUAUCACUUGGAAAGGAUUAACAAGAAUCCGGACGUUAAAUCGGUACCCCGCGAUGAUCGACGGACAUCGUCGCCAGGUUCCGGUUCAAACAGCGGACGACUGUUAAUAAUUUUUCACAGUGCGGAAGGUCUCGAACACGAUCGUUAGCGGAAGCUUUUUUCCUCGAGGUAAACAACACGAAAGAAAAUAUGUAUUGCUUGCGUUUUCCUUCGACGUUGGCAAGAAUUAACAAUUUCGCAGAUCGACAGAAUUUAUUGUCUACGGUAAAUGAGAGUAACAUUAGCGAGACAGCGCAGGAUCCUGUUGAAUGAAUUUUUAGCAGCAAUAACACUGAUAACCGCCACGUAGUGAACGAUUAAGUAGUGUGAAAGACCAAUAGAACGAUAUUUCACGAUUUCUAAUUCGUAAAGAGUAAGUCUAGCACGUUAAAAUAUCGAUUGGAUCGAUCUCUACAGAAAUAAUUCACGUCUGAACGUUAACAAAAAGGGGUUCAUGCUUGAUUCGGUUCAGACAACAGACGCUUGCGUUCUUGAGUUUCAUUUACUGGAGGAAACACAGUUUUCAGUUGUUUUAACUUUUGCACACAACGGACGGGAUUUCUCAGACGAUCGAUUCAAUAGCAGUAUAUUGCUCAAUUCAGUACCAUUGAUACAUACACGGAAACGGAAACAAGACUCACUCUUGUGUUUAACGAUAGCGUUAAAACCACACGGCUCAUAGAAUUACUCACGUGUAGACAAAAUGAUACCGUUUCUAGUUUCGUAUAGCCACAACGGUGUAUUCUUUAUACAUAUAAAGAAGUAACGGGAAAAAAGGGGAAAGGAAAAUCGUUUCUCCCUCGGGAAAAAAAUAGCGUACCGGGGAUGGGUCUCGAAGCCGCAUCAGAUGUUAUGAGAUGCCGAAAACUGAAGGAGAUAUUUCGAAUCGACUCGUGAGGAGGAAACUCUAGAUAAUCAUUUUCAGAAUGCAUGAAUUUCGAGUGCGAGUGGAGCAAUGAAUACGAUUGAUCGGGUGCAGAAUUACCAAAUGUCAAAAGACUUUCGAGCAUCGUCAAGAAAAUGAAUUUAACAGGAAUAAUUUAAAUUCUGUCAUUUUUAUGUGAAACUCUCUAUUUUAAACGAACAUGUCUGUUUCGUCGUCGUUCAUGUUCUUGAGAGGCUCGAGGCUCUGGAAGCGAAAUCAUUUGAACGUGUUCAUUUUUUAUGAAUCGUGUAGCGAAACGAUCGAGCACGCAUGCAUAGAUGAACCUUCUUUAUCCGAAUCGAUCUAGCAAGAAAAACAGAGGCCAAAUUUUGUUUUUGUAAAGGGCGAAAGUAAAAGUGUUUGAGCGAUAAAAUACGAGCGGUUGUACGUAUGACUGUUCACGAGGAGGAGAGUACGGAAACCUUAGAGAUAAAUCUUAACGUACAUAACAUAAACAACACGCAACUGCCUAGAGAAACUUGGAUUAAUAAUAUUAUAAACUUACUAUAUUAUAUACAAUUACAACCGACAUGUCCAAACGCACAAAAGGGCAAGUUUGGCAAGAUUGAGACACGCGCAUGUAAAUAGGAUAUAUCGACGUGUAAUCCACAUGUAUAUAGGAGGGGAUCGUGGGAGUGUGACAGUUUUACGAAAUUGAAACCCGAGAUAAAAAGCGGGAAUCGUUGUUGUCUGAUCGUGGCUACAAUUUUUCACUUUAUUCCUUUACUAUAUAUCACUUCUGACUAUCCGUGAAAAAACGAAAAAUUUCGUAGCCAAUAUAUCGAAGGAAUAAAUGACCGAAGCUGUUGGAUUUCGUAUUUCUCACAAACAAAAAUAAUAUAUCUCAUUUCCCAAUUCAAUUAAUUUUUUUUUCAAAUUGUUUGAAAAAUUGAUAAAUUGCAUUUAAAUCGUUCAGAGUAUAUGCUUAGAUAUAUUUAGAAUUUAGAUGAUAAAAUGAAUACUCCCAACAUUUAGUACUUUAAUUUUUGAAAUAUCCCAAAAUUGGGGAAAUACAAUUAGCGACACUUCGACCAUUUGUUUCUUCUAAUUAUCAUAAUGUCGAACGCUCGAGACGAAGAGUGUAAAAUUCAAUAGUUAACAAUCUUUUAUUACAAUCCUAAAAAUAUUUCUUCUGUUUUAUUUAUAAUAAAUUAUUAGUGUCAAUAUUUUAGAUCUGUUUCACCUAUUAAUAAAACAUCUUGCUUUUAUCAAUAUCCUUCAAUUUAAUUAAUCUAUUUCUAUGUAUUCUAUAGUUAAUUUUAAACAAUUGGAUGGAGACGAAUUUUCUCGAGCUGUUCGUAAGCACUGCACGCGGAAACCUUUUUAGAUGAAUUUAAACUAAUGAACGAGAAUUUACGAG